UUACUUAGCCAAGUCAAAAACUUAAGUUGGUAUUCACGAAGCGUCUAAGUAAAAAACUUAGCUAAGUCUGCCGUGAGAAACUAAGUCGAUUUCACCGAAUGCAAACACGUGAUCACUAAGGACUAUCCCAGCUAUUUUUAGCCUACCAGUGGAACUCUUUUCACUAAGAGAGAGAAAAACGUCAUCGGGGAAUUCCCGGACAGCGCAGACGAUAAUAAACACCGCUGCGAGCUCCAAGAUAGGCCCACGCCAUGACCGAAGACGCGAAAAAGAGACGGCCAAACUUUACCAAAGAAGAAUCGUUACUACUAGCAGAGCUGGUGGCAUCAAACAAGGUGGUGCUUGAAGGAAAGUUUGGCCCCGGCAUCACCUCCUUGAAGCGACAGGAGGCUUGGCAGAUGAUUACAGACACCCUCAAUGCAAGCUUAAUGCACAGGAGGACCAAGGAGGAGGUUGAAAAGAAAUGGAAAAACCUGAAGAGCCAGUCAAAGAAAGCCUUUUCUAAUUUCAGGCAGCAAACCAUUGCCACUGGAGGCGGUCCACCUCCCAUCCCUGUAAGUCCUGUCACAGAUGCAGUUGUAGAGGCCAUAGGGAGGGACAACAUGUCUUUGACAGGAAUAUCCAACUCCUGUGAUUCGACGGCCCUACAACUGCUUGAUGUCAUGACAUCAAGAGAGAGCGGUGAAGUUGAGGACAUGGCCAAUGUGUUCCACGUGCCAGAGAGGACUUGCCAGUGCCAGAAUCAGACUUCUAUGGAAGCAUUAAACAAAGAAAAACUUGUAUUAGAAAUUGAAUGUUUAAAAUUAAGAAAAGAGUAUCUAACAAAGAAAAUUUACAAAGUAGAAGAAUAGACUGUAAAGCUCAUGUCACGCAAGUGGGGACCGACCAUUUGAUAUUUGCUUGGGGGUAGGGGCUAGUAUUAUAUUUUGUUUCAAGAUUAGAUAGUUUUUCAGCUACAGACACAGAUAUCGCAUUAUUUAAAAAUAUGAGCUAAUUGUUUUUAGAAAAACACCUUGCAACAAUGUAUUUUUCCCACCCACCCCCGAAUAUCAAAUGGGCUGUCCCUUAGGAAAAUUUAAAUUAAUACUAAGUGCAUACUUAGAGUGCCAAAUAAUAGUAGCAGGAAAUAACUUACAUGGAAA